UGGCAUUCAUGGUAUGUUAAAAAAACUUGCGUAUUCAGAAGAAGAUAUUAUGACGUCAGAAAAGAAGUUAAACGUUUUGUACUGAAGUCGUCAUUUAAAAUUCAAGGUCAUUGAUUUAGUUAACCUAUACUUUACAUGGCAUAUGUAUUGUAAAAAAAUUUACAUGUAUAAUGUAUUUCAUUUUAAACUCUUGAAUACUCUUUAAAAGGAACAUAUAGUACCGUGAUGGCUAAAGUGAUCAGAAAAGUGUGUGCUGCUGCACGAAGUUUAACAUCUACAAUGAGAAAUUUUGGAAGUGCUCAACCAGCUCCCUUACAACAAGCUGCUUUAGAGGAACGUUGUAUUCUUGUUGAUGCAUUUGACAAACCCCUUGGUGAAGCUACAAAAAGGGAUUGUCAUACUGUUAAUUCUGAUGGAAAAGUUUUACUUCAUAGAGCAUUUAGUGUUUUCUUAUUCAAUAAUAAAGGAGAAUUAUUAUUGCAAAAAAGAUCUGCUAAUAAGAUAACAUUUCCAAACCAUUAUACAAAUACAUGUUGUAGUCAUCCAUUAGCUGAAAUUCCUGAAGAAACUGAGGAACAUAAGGCAAUAGGAAUUUGUAGAGCAGCACGAAGAAGACUUAGUUAUGAAUUAGGGAUUCCUUUGUCACAAAUUCUGUUAUCGGAUUUCUUAUAUCUAACAAGAAUUCAUUAUCAAGCAGUGGAUGGUUUAUGGGGUGAACAUGAAAUAGAUUAUGUAUUAUUUAUACAAAAAGAUAAUGUAACAUUGGAUCCAAAUCCAGAUGAAGUUAGUGAACUUCGUUGGGUAUCACAGCCAGAAAUGAACGAUUUCGUGAAAAAUCUCAAUUCUCCGCUAAGUCCUUGGUUCAAAUUAAUCCUUAAACAUAAAUUGUCACUGUGGUGGAAUAAUCUCCAUACAUUAGAAAAAAUACAAGAUCAUGAUGCAAUACAAAGAUUUACAUAA